GCAGCAUCAUAAUCCUUCUUUUCCGCAUUUGUACCUCGUGGAAGGAGGACAUAUUUGUGUCUGAAGAUGUCUCAUCGUAAGUUUUCUGCGCCACGCCAUGGCUCCAUGGCUUUUUACCCGAAGAAGCGUGCUUCUCGACACCAGGGUAGAAUAAAGGCAUUCCCGAAGGAUGACCCCACGAAGCCGGUCCAUCUGACCGCGUUCCUGGCCUACAAAGCCGGCAUGACGCAUAUUGUACGUGAAGCCGACCGACCGGGCUCAAAGAUCAACAAGAAGGAGGUUCUGGAAGCGGUUACCAUCCUUGAAACGCCGCCCCUCGUGGUCGUUGGAGCCGUUGGCUACAUCGAAACUCCCUUCGGACCACGUGCUCUUUGCCACGUUUGGGCCCAGCAUUUGUCGGAAGAGUGCCGUCGUCGCUUCUACAAGAACUGGCAUGCGAGCAAGAAGAAGGCCUUCACAAAGGCUUCGAAGAAGUGGACUGACGAUCUGGGCAAGAAGUCGAUCGAGGACACUUUCAAGAAGAUGGUUCGCUACUGCAAGUUCAUCCGUGUCAUCGCUCACUCGCAGAUCCGGUUGAUCAAACAAGGCCAGAAGAAGGCUCACAUUAUCGAGAUCCAGCUGAACGGUGGAACGGUCGAGGAUAAGGUUAACUGGGUUAAGGAGCAUCUGGAAAAGCCAUUCCCGGUUUCGCAAGUGUUCUCGCAGGACGAGAUGGUUGACUGCGUGGCUGUAACGAAGGGUAAGGGCUUCAAGGGUGUGACUAGCCGUUGGCACACGAAGAAGCUACCGCGCAAGACGCACAAGGGUUUGCGUAAGGUUGCUUGUAUCGGCGCUUGGCAUCCAUCCCGUGUCGCCUUUACCGUUGCUCGCGCCGGUCAGAAGGGCUACCAUCACCGCACGGAGCUAAACAAGAAGAUCUACCGCAUCGGAGCCGGUAUUCACUCCAAGGAUGGAAAGGUUGUCAAGAACAGUGGAACCACUGAGUACGAUAAUACCGAGAAGACGAUCACGCCGAUGGGUGGCUUCCCGUUCUAUGGAGAGAUCAACCAGGAUUUCCUGAUGAUCAAGGGAUGCUGCAUUGGCGCCAAGCGUCGCGUCAUCACGCUGCGCAAGUCGCUCCUGGUGCAUACCAAGCGCUCGGCUCUGGAGCAGAUCAAACUCAAGUUCAUCGACACCUCGUCGAAGGUGGGUCAUGGUCGCUUCCAGACGCCGGCUGACAAGCGCGCCUACUACGGUGUGCUCAAGAAGGACCGCAUUCGCGAGGAAAAGGCCCAGGCUGCGGCCGCUGCUGCUGCCGCCGCCGCUGCCAAGCCAUCGGCUUAAAAAGUGGAAAAGAUGCAAUUUACUUCUUCAUGUAUGUUGCCUGAUAUUUGGAAAAUAAACUCCAAUUUAUGCUCUUUGUUAUAAUGUAAAGAGCAUUCAUGAAA